AUGGCCGGGAGCGUCUUCAGAGGACGCUUCCUCUCCUUAUUCGACUACAAAACGGAAAAAUACAUUGUCGCCAAAAAUAAGAGAGUUGGAGUUUUGUACAGACUCAUUCAGUUAUCCAUCAUCGGUUACAUUAUCGGGUGGGUUUUCGUGAGCAAGAAAGGCUACCAGGAGACGGACGAGGCCAUCCAGAGCUCUAUCAUUACUAAACUGAAGGGAGUCUCAGUCACUAACACCACUGAGUCUGGUCUGCUGGUGUGGGGACCGGAGGACUACGUCAUCCCACCACAGGGUGAAGCUGUUCUCUUUGUUGUAACCAAUUUCUUAGAGACACCAAACCAGAAGCUGGGAUACUGUGCUGAGAGCCCCAAAGUGCUGGAUGGUCACUGUCGAGAUGACGAGGACUGUGAAGAAGGGAAGAUGGUGGCGGCCGGUAACGGAAUUAUGAGCGGCAGAUGCUUGAGAAAAGAUGAAAACUCUACUGGUACCUGUGAAAUCUACGGCUGGUGUCCCAUUGAAAGAAAAUUCAAACCAAAAGGACCUCUGCUGACAAACGCUGAAAACUUCACCAUCUACAUCAAGAAUUUCAUAAAUUUUCCAAAAUUCACGUUUUCAAAGUCAAACGUUUUGGAAACGACCGACAACUCCUAUUUGAGGAAAUGUUGGUUUGAGGAGGAGCUCCACCCUUACUGCCCCAUCUUCCGCCUGGGUGACAUCACCAGACGUGCUGGAUACAACUUCCAGGACAUGGCCACAUUUGGUGGCUCCAUUGGCAUUAUGAUAGAGUGGUACUGUGACCUGGACAAAGGCUACUCUAACUGCCAUCCACAGUACCGCUUCACUCGUCUGGACAUCAGCGUCUCCAACGAGACCAUCGCAACAGGGUUUAACUUCAGACACACUCGGUAUUUCAAAAACGCUGCUGGUGAGAGCUAUCGAUCUCUAUUCAAAGUCUAUGGUGUCCGAUUUAACAUCAUGGUGCACGGAAAGGCCGGGAAGUUCAGCAUCAUCCCAACAGCCAUAAAUGUUGGUUCAGGGCUGGCUUUGAUGGGCGCCGGAGCUUUCUUCUGUGACAUGGUCCUUCUCUACCUAAUGAAGAAGGGCGACUCCUAUCGAGAGAGGAAGUUUGAAGGAUCCAAGUAAGAAGAGCAGCACAAAAAAGUAAGAAAUCUAAAUCUGAAGACAACAGUGAGGAGGAUAAAAAGGAUGCCACGGAGCAGGACAAUCUGA